AAAAACCACCACCCAUAAACCUCUGAACAUCUCUGCGUUGAAAGUGGGCUCAUCUGGUAAGCGCUUUUUACUGUUUGUAUUGCUUAGAUUACAUUUUUUUGGUUACUAUUCACUCAACAAAAAAACAAGAACAUGAUCCAAAAGGGGAAAAGAGGUCUCAAAAUAAGUAUUUAAAUAUGUAUUUAAUUUCAAGAGUGUUUUUAUUUUGAAUUCAUUGUAAACAUUUUGUAGAUCUUAAUAUAUCAAUUGAUUACUAAAAAUGAAUGCAGUCAAAUAGGAGACACUCUCCCCUAUUUAACUAACAUUCUUUGUGGUUAAAUGUAUCUAGGUGAAGAAGCGGGAAAGUAAUCCUGUUCCUGUUGUCUGUUGGAAGAUGUUGACAGCCAGCAUGUUAGUAAGUGUCCUCUUCCUCAGAGGUGCACUGGCAGCUUGUGUUUUUGAUACACCCCUCUUCAUCACGACACCACAGCAGAUGGAAGCACUGAGUGGAUCUUGUUUGCACAUCCCAUGUACCUUUAGGCUGGAAGGAGAGUUUGACAGCAGUGUAAAAAUCUCCGGAGUGUGGAUUAAAAGUGACCCCAGAUUUGUCAUUUUUCCAAACAAUGUGGUUUUCAACAGCAGCAGCCAGACAUUGAACAGCUACAGGAUGAAUAUUACUGGAAAUCUGAGUCAGAAAAAUUGCACCACCCUGUUUUCAAAUGUAAACGAGAACUACACUGAGAGAUACUUCUUCAGAAUAGAGAGCAAACCCUUCAAAGCAACGGCUUAUUGUGAUCCUCUUCAAGUUACAGUUAAAGAUUCUCCUCCGAGCCCCAGCAUAAAUAUCACAGGAGAUCUGAAGGAGAAGGAGUCUGUCACUAUAACCUGCUCAGCUUCCACUCCCUGUCCACUCUCCCCUCCUAAACUCACCUGGACUCUCAAACAAGACUCUCUCAACAACAUGGAGGAAAACCCAGAUAAAACCUUCACGACUAAAAUCCAGGAGCAGAUCACUCUGACGGACAAACAUGAUGGAUACAACAUCACCUGUUCUGCCACAUAUCCUGUGAAUGAAGGAAAAGAAGUCAAGACAGCAGGGGAGACACAGACUCUCAGAGUUUCAUACUCUCCCAGGGACACCUCAGUGAUCGUCAGUCCCACUGAUGCAGUGACAGUUGGCAGCAUGGUGAACCUGACUUGCUCCUGCAGAGGAAACCCUCCUGUCGUCCACUUUGUCUGGUUCAUGAUCAGUAAUGGCAGACUGGAGCUGAUUAAGGUAGAUACACAGGUUUAUGGCCUUAAUGUGACCGAUAGUGAUCAAGGCAGAUUGUUCUUCUGUGGAUGCAGAAACGAUCUGGACAUUCAACUAUCAACAGGACAUCAGCUGAUAUUUGAAGGUGAUCAACUGAACGAACAUGUUGGCAUUCAAGUUGUUCUGAAAAUCCUGGGAAUCCUGAUGCUCGUCAGCACAAUGGUCAUAUUUGAGUGUUGGUUUCGAUCAAAAGGUUCCAUCAAACCAAGAAAGGACAAAGAGGAAGCAGUCUAUUUACCGGGACCUUGGGGGCCUCCUCAAGGGAGCACGGUUCUGUCUGUGAACAUGGUGACUGCCAACUUCUUCCUGAGUGUCCUCUUUGUUUCAGGCGCUUGUGCUACUUGUACUAUAACACCAAAACCAAGCCUUGGUAUUACAGCACCACAGAAGGUGGAAGCACUGAGUGGAUCUUGUGUGCAGAUCCCCUGUAUCUUUAGCACCGAAUCAGAGUUUGACAGCAGUGUAAAAAUCUCCGGAGUGUGGGUUAAAAGAGACCCCAGAUUUGUCAUUUUUCCAAACAAUGUGGUUUUCAACGGCAGCAGCCAGACAUUGAACAGCUACAGGAUGAAUAUUACUGGAAAUCUGAGUCAGAAAAACUGCACCACCCUGUUUUCAAAUGUAAACGAAAAUUACACUGAGAGAUACUUCUUCAGAAUAGAGAGCAAACCCUUCAAAGCAACAGCGUCCUGUGAUCCUCUUCAAGUUACAGUUAAAGAUUCUCCCCCGAGCCCCAGAUUUAAGAUCUCAGGAGAUCUGAAGGAGAAGGAGUCUGUCACUAUAACCUGCUCAGCUUCCACUCCCUGUCCACUCUCCCCUCCUAAACUCACCUGGACUCUCAAACAAGACUCUCUCAACAACAUGGAGGAAAACCCAGAUAAAACCUUCACGACUAAAAUCCAGGAGCAGAUCACUCUGACGGACAAACAUGAUGGAUACAACAUCACCUGUUCUGCCACAUAUCCUGUGAAUGAAGGAAAAGAAGUCAAGACAGCAGAGGAGACACAGACUCUCAGAGUUUCAUAUGCUCCUAAAAACACCUCAGCGUCCAUCAGUCCAUCAGGUUUGGUGUCAGCAGGUAUUCAUGUGAACCUGACCUGCUCCAGCAGAGCCAAUCCUCCUGUCAGCAGCUUCACCUGGUUCAAGAUCAGCAGAGAUGGACACAUGAUCGUAUCUGAAGGAGCGUUUUACAGCUUUAAUGUCACAGAGGGAGGAGUUUAUUACUGUGUGGCCAUGAAUGAUCUCAGUAAUCAGACAUCACCACAGAUCCAUUUGAAUAUAAAAAUGGGUCACUCUUCAGCAUGGUGGACAGGUGUUGGAGCGAUGAUUGGGAUCACAGGUCUCAUCAGUGUGGGCGUACUGAUUUGGAGGUUGAAGUCAAAACGUUCAGCUUUCCAACAGACACAGAGCCUGACAGCUGCAGCACCAGCUACACAAGAAGCCGGGCACGAACAAGCCAGAGCAUCAGAAGUAGAGGAACUACAUUAUGGAGAGAUCGACUUCUCCAAGCUGAGACCUAAAGUGUCCUCUAACUCAACGCAGGACAGUGGACAGCAGCAGGAGACUCUGUAUGCACAGGUCAACGUCUCUAAGCCAGUAACCAGCUUCACACAGGCUGCUGCUGGCCCACAUGACCUCUAUGCUCAAGUGAAGAGAAAAUGAAGACAUGCACGGACAUCUUUUAUUUAACAAAACAUAUUUACUGUUACAGAUGAACUUUUGCUUGGCUGCCUGUGGUUAAUGAAAUGGUAUUGAACAUGUAACACAUUGUAUCUUUUUAAUCAAUAAAUGGUGUGUACAUAUUUCUAAAUGA